CCCUCCCUUCCUGCUCGCAGUGGCACUAAGGAGCUGUUGACGCCCAGGUAGACAUUAUCACUUACACUCAUAGCACUUAACCUAGAAAAGUUUUAUGAGAAGGAGAGAGGGUAAAAAAAGCAGUGUUUGCAGGUUAGUCGUCCGGAUAGAUACUCUGCCUGAUCUGGAUUGCUUACACACCUGUGUGGGUGUCACUGGAGAAUGUAGCUGCAGCCUGUUAGCCAAGGCCACAGGACACACAUCAAAAUGGGAGAGGCUCAGAAGGGCUUACUCUCUGUCAUAGAGAAGCUGAAAGGUUCCACGGAGCAAGAGGUCAGGAUAGUGCUGCUGGGUUUGGACAACGCAGGCAAGACCACACUGCUGAAAACCCUCGCCUCCGAGGACGUGAACACCAUCACACCGACACAGGGCUUUAACAUAAAGAGCGUGGCGUCUCAUGGUAUGAAACUCAAUGUUUGGGACAUUGGAGGACAGAGGAAGAUCAGACCCUUUUGGAAAAAGUACCUGGAAAACACGGACCUCUUGAUUUAUGUUAUUGACAGCGCAGACAAGAAGAGGUUUGAGGAGACAGGACUGGAGCUGUCCGAGCUGAUCGAUGAGGAGAAUUUAAAGGGCGUUCCGGUGCUCAUCUUUGCUAACAAGCAGGAUCUGGCAACAGCAUCACCAGCCAGUGAGAUUGCUGAGGGGCUCAACCUGCAUACGUACCGGGACAGAGAAUGGCAAAUUCAGGCCUGCUCAGCUGUGUCUGGGGAGGGAGUUCAGGAUGGAAUGAACUGGAUUUGCAACAACAUUGUGAACAGGAAGAAAUAAAGCACAGUCCCAAACAACACUGACCAGAGUCAAUCAGAGCAUCAGCAUCACACAAUGGGAUUGACUUCGUUUAUUAAUGAUGCACUAAGCUCACCCCAUAGAUUGGAACAACUUUGUUUUUAUGAAUUGUUAUUUUUAUGAAUAUUUUUCCAAAGUAGUCGAUAUAAAGAAGUACCUCUAGCUCUAAAAUGUAUUAGCCUUUUAGGUAUUAUCAUUUUGAAAUGAAAUGUUAGUGUGUUGCCAUACAUUAGUAGUUUGUGUGGGCGUGUCCGUGUGUAUGUGUAAUGUAUGCAUUUCGACAAUAAAAUUAGUCAUUUGUGUUUUGUGUAGCAUAUGUUUUUGAAUCAUAUUUAUACUUCUACAAUCAAAAUGUCCAUAUCUUAGACUUACCACCAUAUUUAGGCAGGAGAGACGGAUUUCAA